CCACCGGUCCAGCUAUCACGCCAGCAACAGCCUGAGCCUGAGCCGCAGCCGCAGCGACAACCUGGACCUGGACCUCCUCGAAGUCGAAAUCCCCCGUUACCUUGGUGUCCCGGGUAUAGAAUUUACCGUGGUAACCGGUGAGGACGGGACGGACGUUGCGCGCCAAAAAGGUGAAAAGGAGCCAAGGCGUUCCUGGACGAGGGAAAAUUUGGUUUUGGUACCCUAGUGGAUGACAAAAUUCCUGGUAUCGGUGCACGAGGUGACGCAUUACCUUAGAGAGUGAGAGAGGCGUUUUAACAGUCGAGGGGAAUUAUGCCGUUAAUGGCACGUGCUCGCUAACACGAGGCAUUGGGAGGUGCACGGGGUAAAACGCGUCCUUGGGGGCGAGAAGAAGAAUCGCGAGCGAAACAACGGAUCUCCUCCCGGUCGCUUUAACGGCGAGAAGUCCUCCGAGCGUAAUGGACGAUUUUCAAAAGAAGAUGUGGAGAGCAUGACCGGGGAGAUCGAGAACGGCGACUUGGCGGUCCGAGACGUUGCGGAUCUCCUCCAACCGCAGUAUGCCAUCAUCACCGGCGGCAAGACCAGAGAGGGAUGUCCCGUAAUCACGUUUCCCGAUAAUGGCAACUUCCACAAUCUGACCGAUCUCGACUACCAACGUCUCAUGCUCUAUCUCACCUCUGUGCCAACCUUGCAGGAAGCCGACUUGGGGUUUCACCUGAUAAUCGAUCGCAGGACCGACAGGUGGAAUUCCGUGAAGACCGUUCUUUUGAAAAUUUCCGCGUUCUUUCCUGGCUUGGUACACGUGGCAUACGUCUUGCGUCCGGCCGGUUUUUUGCAGAAAGCUAUAUCGGAAGUCUCCUACAAGCUCUUCCGAGAGGAGUUCAAGUUCAGGGUUAUCGUUCUGGCGAAUGUCGGCGAACUCUACGACUUCGUAGACAAGGACCAGCUGACCGAGCAACUUGGCGGUGACUUGCCUUACUGCCAUCACACAUGGAUACAAAACAGGAUCAGCUUGGAGAAAUUCUCCUCGAUGACCCAGGACGUGUCGCUCGCCCUCGACUCGUUUACGAGGCGCUUAGCCGAGGUGGAGUUUCCUAAUAAUACCAUCGCUACCACCACGUUACUGAAUCAACAACAAUCGGAGUACAACGAGUUGAAGGAGGAAAUCCUCAGCGCUGCCAGACACGGCGAAGCAUUACUGGAUAGCGUAAGACAAUUGACCGGCAAAGGGACUGCGGAUCGUCUGGGGAACGUCGCCUCGGUCGAAAGGUUGCUCGUGCAGUUGGAGGAAACCGAGCGUACUUUCGACUUGUUCUGGUCGCAUCAUAGUUCUCGACUGAGGCACUGCUUGGCUCUGCGGCAGUUCGAGCAGGAUUUCCGGGAACUGCAGGCGAUCUUGGACCAGCACCUGAAGACCGUGGAAGAGAUGACCGAAGUGGGCGAGACUCCGAUCCGAGUCGAUCAGCUGAUCAGGGACACCUCGACUUUCCAGAGAAUCUGCAGGGGAGAUAUCGAUCGAGCCGAGGAGGUGAUCUCUGCUGGGCAACAAUUAUUGUCGGGGCGUCAUCAAUGUCCGGCAGAAGUUGUCGAGCCAAAAUGUGCCGAAUUACAGAGGGUCUGUACCAUCCUCAGCCAACGAUUGGAGAGGAGAUUGCAUACCUUGACGAAGUGCAGAGAACUGAUGGAACGAAUCGACAAGGCGAAUGCGUGGUGUACUCGAGGCGUGGAAUUACUCGCAGCCCAGAACAGUACGACACCUCCGGAUCAGGCACUGCAAGAGCUCCAGGAGUUGAUAGAAGCCGCGGAAGAGUUCCACCACCCAAGAUGUAUUUUCCAAGAUUCCAUAAUGCCGGAGACGAAAGCUCUAGUGACUCAGGUCCUGCAAAGAAUAGAGGAUGUGUCCUUGAUGUGCGACAAACGAAUCAUGGCACUGAAGCAGCAGCUGCUGAAACCAGCGAGGCCUGUUCAGACUGUGACACCGGAACCGGCCAAGCCGAUACAACCACCACCGCAAAUGGUGAAACCGGGAAAGAUCCUCAAAAAGGCUAACACCAUGCCGAAGAUGGAGAUGAGUCCAAUCGAGGGGGAGACUUCGUCGCCGGAAAGCGAACCUCGUGACGUGGAGGCUUUGCGGCUGAAACGCGGCCACGUUUUGGCAGAGCUCAUCGAAACGGAGCGCAUCUAUGUAGCGGAGCUUGGCUCGAUAAUUAAAGGGUAUAAGGCAGAGAUAACGAACGAGGCGAUGGCCCACCUGAUACCAGCCGCCUUGGUCGGGAAAGCGGACGUGCUCUUUGGAAAUCUCGAGGACAUAUAUUUGUUCCACGGAGAGACCUUCCUGAGGGACCUCGAGAAUUGCAUCUCCAACACCGAGCUGGUGGCCUUGUGCUUCGUUCAAAGGCGAGAAAUAUUCUUCAGGCUGUAUAGCUUCUACUGUCAGAAUAUCCAGAGAUCGGAGAGACUGCGCGAACAGAUCCAAAACGAGCCGCAAUUUCUCGCCGCUUGCCAGCAGAGAUUAGGCCAUAAACUACCGCUCGCUGCUUACCUUCUGAAACCCGUUCAACGUAUCACAAAGUACCAAUUACUUCUCAAAGAUCUCCUGAAAUACAGCGACGAGCCGUCGUGUUGCACGGAACUGCAGGAAGCACUGGAGUGCAUGCUUGUCGUUUUAAAGUGUGUUAACGAUAGCAUGCAUCAGACCGCAAUUACUGGUUUUGGGGGAGAUCUAAGUGCUCAGGGGGAACUCUUACUACAAGGUUCCUUCAGCGUGUGGAGCAGCAGCAAACGCGAACGUCUGCUGAGACUGAAGCCGUCUCAGCGUCACAUUUUCUUGUACGAGAAAGCCUUCAUAUUUUGUAAACACAGCAAACCGCAAGCGCACAACAAGGCGACCUAUCACUUUAAGAGAUACCUGAAGAUGUCGCAGAUCGGCUUGACCGAAUCCGUGAAAGGAGACGCGAGGAGGUUCGAAAUCUGGCUGCAAGGACGAGCAGAGGUCCACACGAUCCAGGCGCCCAGUAUCGACGUUAAGCAGUCCUGGGUUCGCCAGAUCAAAGGGGUCCUGAUGUCUCAGCUAGCAGAGCUGAAGGGAAAGCAGAACACCGCUCUUGGAAAGUCCAAUCACAAGUACGUGGUCGGGAUCGCCGGGCCCCUCCGGCAGACUAUCUCAUGGGAAGCACAAAGUGGUAUUUCAGGCUCGCUGCGUACACUAUCCGUGGACGGCAACAGCGUUAUUUCGCACAUCAGCGAUAUCUCUCAGUCGACCGAGGACGACGUGGCGUGGAGCUCCGAGAACAGCAACACGGAUGACGAGGACGCCUUUGGGGAGAAUCCUGGACCUGCUCCUGGUGGCAGAUAUCUCGCACUGGCUGAUUACUGUGCGGUGGGCCAGUCCGAGGUGACGAUGCGCGAAGGGGACAACCUGGAACUCCUGAAGGUAGGGUGUGCAGGUUGGUGGUUCGUCAAGCUCGUAGGAAGCAACGUCGAAGGAUGGGCACCUGCCGCUUACCUGGAGCCGAUGAGUCGAAAAACGUCCCGCAGUUCGCAGUCCGUUAACAGCCAAGAGGCCAUGUGAAACAGGCGUUUAACACACUAGGAUCACCUGGUGUGUUAGACCUGCCUCGUCGUCGAUCAUUUCCGUCUCUUCGAGCUCUGCAGGGACUCGUCUCGGUGAGCGUCCCAGUUUGUCAACAGUGCAAGAAGAUUCGAGAGCUAAAAGCACGACACAUCCUGAUGCUCUCUGAAGCACUUUUUCUCGGCGUGAGUUCUGUGAAUUGUCGAAAGACUACUUUGAAGUCGAGGACUGACACGAUAACGCUAGCUAGUGCGCUAGAGGAGAGACUAUUUACGGUUUCUCAAACUCGAUGGAGCUUUCUUCGAGAUGCAAGAUUAGAGGCUGCAGACCAAUAUGUCCUGGUUUGAAGACGAGGUUGAUGACCGGAAGGACCAUGGAAAUCUCUCCUACUAAUGUCCACCCAGGUCUGGACGAUGUCUUCUUCCCUGCGAAGGAAAACGACCAAGACCCAAAAACUGGGUGAGCUUUAUGCCGAAAACACGCACCCAAUAAAAGGAACCGCUGGAAACUCAGGUUGACGGUGAAUUGUACAAUCUUUAGAACGUUACACUCCAUGAGGUCGCAUUUAACGGUGCAGUAUGAGUUUUAGCGGUAACGCGAUGAACCUGAGCUUCGAGGCAACCCAGGGUGUCAUUUUUUGAUCGAGCUCAAUAUUAAAGAAGAAAAAAGACAGCUCACUGAAUUUACUGGGUAAAUAUUGCUCGCGUUGAUAACUUUUUAUUACAUUUGAGGCCCGGUUUUGGAGGUCACUGUAUGCAAAUCUACGCAUUUCUCUCGGGCGCGAAGAACGUCUUCGAUCUCUGAAAAUGAGCGUUCAUCGCGCGACUCUGUUUUCGGAAAUUUCCGCAAGCGGACGCUUGAUCAAACUCCGAAUUAGGUAUCGGUCAUAUUGCCACUUUAGGAGUUAAGGGAUAAACCAGAAAAAACCAUCGCGUUGUUCGACCAAAUAGCUUGGCGACAGUGCAUACUUUGCCUGUAAGCUUAAACCAUUAAUCGUCUAAGAGGGCGUCCGGACGUGGAAAGAUAUUCCGCGUUCUCGCGUCCGCGAUUUUUAAAACAUACACAGCUAACACCAAGUAUUAUGCAAUACAUUACAUUAACGAGUAAAUUGUAACGCGGUCGAGAACUUUCUAUAUAAUAACAUAGCGUACAGUGAGAAUAGAGGAAACAAUUCCACUCUUAGCUGAUCGCAUGAUGUAUCGGUGUCACGAGGAUAUCGGAUAAUCGCGGUACCUAAGCAAGUCGCGUUUCGUGCAUAUACAAUUGUCCCGCAAUGACAAACACUAGAGACGUUUUUUUAACGUUACGUGUAGGGUAUUUUAAGUUAGUUAAUACGGCCAGGUUUAAAUCGUUAUUUUGCGGUGGCCAUCCCGAGGUGUCGCCAUGUAAGCCGUGUCAAUUGGCGGAAAUAAUAUUCGGUGUUUCAAGCAUUUUAUCGAACAAUUUAUGAUUCAACUAAAAGACAUAACGCACUUAAGUUGUCGAGAUAAAUUAAUGUCUUGCGAAUCGCUUGUUUUCUAGUACUUGCCAGAUGACGGAACAACGCAUUAACGAACUGCCAGUUUUAUGACAUUCUAAACAGAAACUCCACGGAAAUUUCUUAGGGUAACGUCCACAUUUUUGUACAGGAAGUGUUUGUCAAGUUGCAAUAUCUGGGAGCGGUGAAAAUGCUCAGCAUUGAAAUGUUUCUUUUUAGUCGUAAACUUAGGAGUCGAGGAUUUUCUUCACGAUGUGUGUAUACAAUAAAUCCGAAAAAUAAUCAACGACGAGGAUAAAAUUAAUAUGAUGAUUAAAUUAUCAUAUUAAUGGUAAAUUUUUCCCGUUCAGUGAUUUAUUUGAUUGGGAAAGGUAGCGUCUGUUUAAUAUUUUUCAAAUGUCCAGUUUUGAUUAAUCUGAGCUUGCGUCGUCUUGUUCUCCGGCUUGAGGAAAUAAUUAUGCAAAUUCAUCCAUCUCGGAUUAUCGAGUAGACUUUUAAUACGAGCGAAAAGGACGACGAUUAAAUAUCCGGGAUACUUUUAGUCAGCGUACACGUAUAUAGACAAUAAUCUUGUCCACCGUUAAACGAUAUUACUCUCAACUCUUGGAAUUUUGUGCAGGAGCAGCAGCAGUUUGUAACGUUGAUCCUAGAAAAGAAAAAAAAGAGAAAAAGACCGCCACACUUCCCUCAGAGAAGGCGCAAAUAGAAGGAAUUUUCUGCAGUCAAAGUCACGCCGAUGCAAACUAACAAUUUCGACAGAAUUACAUUACACGCCCGAUGUAGAAAUUAGGGCUUGGAAAGGUUUAAACAACGUCGAUUCGUUUGCGAGCUCGAGCGUAAUUCGAUUCGCGGCUAAAGCUGAUUAAUAAUCAAAUAAAGGUUCCUUUUUGUCGUUCCUCGGGGAGAGAGAGAGAGAGAGAAAGAGAGAAAUUGUAGAUUCUAUUUUUACACGUGAAAACGCGCCAGAGUGAUUGCCGAAAAAACACUUCUAUUUGUAGCCCACCUAUGCAAACGACGACUCGUAGAAUUUCCGAAAUCCUCCUUAAGGAGGAAACUCGUUUCUUGAAUUUAGGUGCGCUCGCGAUUGAAUUAAGGACCACUGACAGAAAACGAUCUAAAUGUUCGACCGAAUAAAAGAAAAAAACAAAAAAUUACCGGUUAGUUAGACCAGGUAUUGUAAUCGCGUGAGAUAUAGAAACUCGACAUUUCGGGGAUUACCUUUAGACCCUUAAAUUCGAAAUGUCAUGUCUCGGGAAAGAUGCGAAGUGCCACGUAGAGAUAACUUGUAAAACAUAGUUAGUGCCUUGUGUAAAUAUCACCUGCCGUCAAAAUCACCGAUUCGGAUCUUUUCCGUAUGGAUAGAAAUUAGACAUUUUUGAGACUCCUUUUCGUCGGUAAUCGCGAUUUCGGACGCCACCUUUUGUAGAGAGAUGUUUCCUUUUUCCGGCAAUUGCUCCGUUUUCUGUGAAUGGUCCUGAAUCGCCGUUUUUAAUGGCGCUGGAUAUGAGAAUAUACCAAUCGGUAAUCGCGGGACAAACCUUCUUACGCGGAUCCUCGGAUAAUUACCGAGUUUGCAGUUAAAUUCUUGCACGUCAGCGCGCCAUUAGCAUAGCUACGUGUUCAUAGUACUUUACUUAGAAUUAAUUAAUAUCUAACAUAUUCCGACUUGCGUUGGGGGAGGACGCGCGCGUUAAGAGUAGUUAAGGAUCUGUACAUGAAACGUGAAAAUCACUCCUUCGGGAUGAGAGGAGGACUCCUUGAGCCCCUCGAUUUCCUCUCGCGUUUUAUUUUUUGGAGCGCAUUUACGUGUAAAUCCUUGUAAAUCCUUUACAGAGGCAAAUCGGAGGUAGUCCACUCGUAGAUUAGAGCGAUAGAGGGGUUGAAACGAUUGAAACGGACGACAAGAUCGUUCGCGUCUCGUCCACGUUUCCGGUUCCGAGUUUCGAGGGUACGGUUAAACUGUAUUAGUGCUUCCCUUCUUUUUCCUAAAGGAACGACGAAAGCGAUGGAUAUUUAUUUUCUGCAAUCUCUCCGUGAGGACGUGCGGUCGCGAUACAGAUGUACUAGGUGUAUAUUAACUUUCUAGUCCCUCCUACGAGGACGGCGGCGCUUUUCCGGGGGAUCUUCACCUACUCGUAGGUCGGCCCUUAAGGGAGUCGUCCUCUUUUCGAAUCUCUGCUUGGUCUGGCUUAGAUUCUUCCUCCCACUUUGGAGAUUUUGUAAAUUUCUAAUCAUUCGGGAACGGCGUCUAGGCGUGAGAUAGCGACGUUUAGGAUAUUUGCCCAUUAAGGAGAAUAUUUAUACCCUAAGAGGAGACCUUAGUUGCAAAUGAUCGAUUCGUAGGGAGUGUCGGAGAGAGUUUCUUCUCAACUUCUGUCCCGAAGUCGCUUCACUUUGCGGGGUAAUCGGUUUCCAUUUGCGACUAUUUAUACGCGCGAUUACCUGUAAGAGAUCGGUAGUAAUCGUCGACUCGGCUACCGACUCAAGGCGACGAGCAGGCGAUGGACUUCCCGAUGAGGAUAAAGUCUUUCCUGUGUAUCGAAAUCGAAGGCAAGAAUGUUUAAAGAGAUUUUUUAUCGGCGUUCACUCGAGCCCCCUUGGGUCGGGAACCUGGUGGAUGUUGAAAAGGAGGAAGAAACGCGUUAUAACUAUUAAGACGGCUAGAUAUAAUUUAUUGUAGAUAUCCUAGUACAAAGGAGAUUGUUUUUUGAUAGAUUUAUAUUAUUUAUACGGCAUGGCAGGCGAUAUGUUCGUUGAUUGUAUAUACAUAUGUACCGUCUAUUGUAUUUUGUACGUUGACUGGGUCAUUCGUUGUCGUCGAAACCAGUUGCCUUUGGAGUCGUAUCGUACUUUCAUCCGUUUGAUUCGACUUUGCGCACGUCCUGCAUAGACUCGCGGUUAAUGGACAGAGCCAGGCGUAUACCAUUGUCAAUGGGAAAUUGUUUAGCCCGGAUUUGUCGGCGAGCGAACGGCUAUUGGGAUCGUCCACGAAAGCCACAGCCUUCUUUCGACACUCGAAGCAAUCCCCUUUCUGACACCGGUCAGUUCUUUCUUCGCGAUUGGCUUAUCCGAAUCUACGGUCGACGUUUCGUCCUUACCGGUCUUGAAACGUCUAAAAAAUCAUAGAGAGGAAACUGAGCGCUCCCGUCAAGGGGAGAUCAAACCGGAGGGAGAGAAACGCACCGUAUGGCUUUAAACAUUUGGAGGGACUCUUUUUGUAUGGAUUUUAUCUACAGGACUCGUUUUACAGGGAGAAAGAGGGAAAUUGUAACCGAUUCUCGCGAUUAAAAAUGUCCACCGUGGAGAGGGUUCACCAAACGCGAAGGAGAGACUCUCCGGCGCGAAACGUUCAGAAGGAUGUGAUAAUUUGUUGAAUAUAAUUAUGCAAAAUGCAUUAGACACGUUAUUUCGUGAGCCCCUCCGAAGGGGAGUCUCUUGUAAUUGUUACAGGGGUAAGACAUGGCUUUGUAAAUAAAGGAUUACAGAAUUA